CUUUGUAUGGCGUGUCGAUGGCUGCCGCCGAAGAAAGCUUAGCUCAUUACAAACGCUGCGAUUUUGCCACUCAUGGACUUCGUCUCUGCGUUCGAAUGGUAGGCAUUGAAUUAAUACUCUAGGUAUACAGCUGGAAUUUUCACUUUUCUGUCAUGGAUGCCCCAUCUCCAGCCUGCGCCAGUCGCUUCCCUUAAAACAAAGUCUUCGUCGAAGGGCUGAACGACCAUGGAUGUGUGAUACAAGGUCGUGCUACAGCUGUGCACAUUGUUGUACUUUGCCUCAGAGAUUUCAUGCCUUACUGGAUGUCACCUUAUGCGAGAAACAGCAGCGCUUUUCGUUAUUCAAUUCAUAUCAACGAUAAGAUUUAUGGGGUUCAUCUAGUGUGAGGAAGAGCAGAAAACAGGAACAGACGAGAAAGACUCCUUCAAGACUCAAAUUUUUCUUAAUUAGAAAAAAAAAUAUUGAAUUCAGGGAACGUGUUUUAAGCUAUGUAGGAUCAAGAGUCGGACGCAUGAACAACACUAACUUGUCUGGAAACAUAAGUGUGUUUAAUGCGAGGCAGAGGCCGCCACGAAUAAAGGUGAGCUGGAAUAAUUGUUCGCCUAAUGACUGUAGCCAAUUAAAGAGGAAGAGGCUUUUUCCGAUGAAGACAAUUGUAGGCUCUUCCUGCAAUCAAUGAAGUUAACCAAUGCCUAUAAACUCACAAAUGUCGCUCCACUGGCUGAGAUGAGUAAGAUCUGACAGGCUCUCACACCCGCGAUCCACUCGGAUAGCAUGGAGGCUCGCUGUCAGCAGACGGAUUCCGCUGACCAAGAUUCAGUAGCAGACGACGAUUCCAGUUUGGACCCUCGAAUCAAAGUGGAGCUUGAUAUACUGAAUCAGGCCAGUAUGGACAUAAAUCGCCUCGAGAACGAACUGGAUGAGGCGAGGAGCAAGUAUGGGUCCACCUUUGCUGCGUCGUCUCAGAAGAUGGAAGAGCUGGGUGCCAAGAUCCGCAAGAACAUCCAGCGGGCCCGCCAGUACUUCGAGCUGACAGAGAAAGCCAAGGAGGCGCAGAGCGAGGCUGUACGCGCCGCGCGGCAGUACCAGACGGCCAGUAGUAUAUACAGGGCCGCCAAGGAAACCAUCGCCCUGGCGGAGCUGCGCCUUAUCGACGAGGACUCCCACUCCGCCUCCUUGUCGUCUGCCUGGCAGGAAAUGCUCAACCACGCCACCGUGCGGGUGAUGGACGCGGAACGCGAAAAGACUCGUAGCGAGGCCGAGCACAUGAAGCGGUCCGCCGUCUUUGCAGAGCUGGAGGCGCACCUGCACUUCCUGGAGAUCAAGUACAAGCGCUCCAUCGCCAAGGCCAGGCCGUAUUUUGAAACCAAGGCAGAACUGGAGCUGAAACUGCAGCAACUGAAGCAGAACGUGUGGGACCUGCAGCAGGCCAUCGUCAUCCGCAAGGGCCGUUACGCGGAGGCGCUGCAUCGCCUGGAGAGCAUCUCGGAGGAGAUCCACGAGAGUCGCCGCAACAAGCUGCUGCUGAUGUUUCCCCGCGAACCCGGUGUGGGGGCUGAGUGCGACGGUGUGGGCUCUAGCGUGUCCGACAUCAACAUAGAAAAGGGCCUCUUUCCGCCGAUCUCCCCUACCAGCGACAGCUGUUUCAACGAAGAGGACAGCGAGAAAACCGAUGUCUCCGAAGGUGGUGAGUCGCAGGUCUCAAGGCGGGCGUCCCGCGUGGACGACGACAGGGAUCAUGCCGGCAGUCAUCGUCGUCAAGGCUCCUGCGACAGCACCGAAAGCAGCGACAGCAACACCUCAGAAAGCACCUCGUCUUCCGGAGUACAAUCCCACGCCUGCAUCUUCUUUGUGGGCCCCACAACUACCGGGGAAACCCUCCAGGAGACACAGGGUAACCGCGUCAAGGAUGAGAACUGUAAGGCAGCAUGUGACAAGGGUGAGCACUCCGAUGGUGACAAGGGCAAAGAGAGCGUGGACUCUUUUGGACUGCACUUGCAAAACAGUUCAUUGAGUGACUUUGGGUUAUUGGAGAAUCCACAUGUGCGCUUGGCGGGAGACGGUUCCUCCUCCAACGACUUGUGCACGGAGAGCACAGCCUCUGUUGACACGGUUCGGGACAAUUCCUCCACUAGCACCGUGGUCAACUUGGAACACACGCCCGAACCCAAGACCCAACCAGAAGUGUCAGGCUUGACCGACUGCAAUCAGCACGGGACACAUGACCUGCCCCCGGAAACAGAACUGUCGCCAUCUUCUGGCGUGGACUGCGUCGUGAGAGGAAGCUCGGGUCAUGACCUCGCGUGCCAAUCAGGCGGCUCGGUCAGCAGGUUAGCGCCUGAGCCCGCCGGCAGCUCCACAGCACCAGAGUCGGGGUCAAGGAGUCAAGUGAACGGUCAGAGGAAAAGGUCUUUGCGGAAGGGUGUGAUGCUGCUCAAUCCAUCUAAACUGGCCACCACGCCGUUCUGGAAGCUACACUAACAGCGGCGGACAUCUGCUGUGUUAUCAAGAUCAUCGGCCCCACGUCGCACAUCUCACUUUCUAUUGCUUUUUCUUUUCGCCAGCUUUUUUUUCACGUACACUUAAUCGUUCACGCGAACACAUGCACAAAUACUUUGGUGCUAUACAUCUCUCUUUCUCAUACACACACUCACAUACACACAUAUGCGGAAAGUACGGCGUCCUACAAGCUAAUACAUACUUUCUCUUACCAGUGCCGCAAAACUAAUAGACAACAACCGACAUUGUUUCUGUUUGUAUUCCCAACCCCCUCUUUCCCAAAAUAUUUCUGUCUUCUGCACUAUAUGCUGGAGAAUAGAUUUUGCUUGAAACAUUUUUUAUUUCCCGUCUUCGUAUCGAAGACACUCGAGCUGAAUCGUACAAAUUGUGUGUUUGUGUGAGAGAUUUGAAGCCUCAUUACUGAGGUUGCCUGAAGAGAACACACUUUGUUGGGUUUACUUUUUUUUUUUUAAUGCAGAGCUGUAUUUUAAUUACCAUUUUAACAAUAAAAUUGCAGAUUCAUGUUGACUGUUUUUAAGAUUACACGAUUUUGAAUAAAAUGCUUUUUGUGUUUGUUUGA